AUGGCCAAGAUCAAGGCUCCAGACCUUCACGAGAAGGAAGAGCUGCUGAAACAGUUGGAUGACCUGAAGGUGGAGCUGUCCCAGCUGCGCGUCGCCAAAAUGACAGGCGGCGUGGCCUCCAAGCUCUCUAAGAUUUAAGUCGUCCGCAUUGGACGUGUUCUCACGGUUAUUAACCAGACUCAGAAAGAGAACCUCAGGAAAUUCUACAAGGGCAAGAAGUACAAGCCCCUGGACCUGUGGCCUAAGAAGACACGUGCCAUGUGCUGCCGGUUCAACAAGCACGAGGAGAACCUGAAGACCAAGAAGGAGAGGCUGUACCUGCUGCAGAAGUACACAGUCAAGGCCCGAGUGGCACAUUGUCAAUAA